CACGCCCUCACCAUUUCUAGACACUACAAUCCCAUUUUCUGCAUUCAUCCAUUUAUUACUCAUUUUCUCUCUGUAUAUGUGAAGCCAUUUUCCAUUAAACUUUGAAGCCAUUUUUCGUACCGAAUAUGUAACCAGAAAACCGAAAGGAAGAGGAAAAAUCAAGAACCCUAUAAUCAAAAUUUGUUUUUAUCAACUACCUAUUCAAGAUUUUUGAGCAAAAAUGGUGAUGGAAGUGGUGCAUGAAGAUAUGGGAGAAGGUAACAUGCAAUGUGCAGAUCACCCCUACAAGAACAGCACCCCAGGUGGAAUCUGUGCCUUUUGCCUUCAAGAAAAGCUUGGAAAACUUGUGUCUUCCUCUUUUCCUUUAGCCAUUUUCCCUUCUUCUUCCUCUUCUUCUUCUCCCUCUUUUAGAUCUGACUUUGGUGGUGGCGGCAACGCCACUUCCACCGCUACAGCUACCGCCGCCGUGUCAUCCCUUCAGGUCCGCCGCCACGUGUCUUCUUCAGCCGCCUCUCGUAGUGUCAGUUACAACAAUGCCCCUAGCAAUGACUGUAGCUAUAAUGGGUAUUACUCUAGGAGGUCAAGAUUGCCCUUUAUUUUGACGCACAGGAAAAAGAAAAAGAAGGACAGUGCAGCAAUGGCGGCAAGUUCAGAUCCUGCCCCCAUUGUUUUCAAGAGAAGCAAAUCCACCGCUACUCCUAGAAGAGGUACACAUUUCUUGGAUGAAAAUUUUGCUGAAGAUUAUAGCCCCCAUAAAUGGGGGUUUUGGUCAUUUCUUUACUUAUCAAGAAAUUCCAAUUCCACUACCAAGAAACCUGAAAGGCCCUCUAAAGAUUCAAACUUUCCAUCGGCAAGUGCAAGUUCUGUAAGCACUGCAGGAUCUACUAGGGACAAGAAAACCAGGGAAUUCGUUGUAGUCGAGGAAAAUGAAAGCCCUGAUGAUCAGGCUGCAUUUGAUAGGAAAGUGUCAAGAUCUAGAUCUGUCGGCUGCGGGAGCAGAAGUUUUUCAGGGGAUUUCUUUGAGAGAAUAUCGACUGGAUUUGGCGAUUGUGCACUCCGCAGAGUGGAGUCUCAAAGGGAAGGAAGGUCUAGAAUUUCCUCAGCAAUGCAUAAAAAUGGUGGAAAUAAUAAUGGGCAAGUUUGCAUUAAAGAGAGAGUUAGGUGUGGUGGGAUUUUCAGUGGAUUCACUAUCAGCUCAUCAUCGUCUUCUUCGUCGUAUAGGGCUUCAUCAUCGACUGAAGAUAACGUGAAUGGAAAAUCAAGUUCAACAACACCAGGCAGUGUGAGAAAUCUUUCUCACGGGAGGAGCAAAAGCUGGGGAUGGGCAUUUGCAAGUCCAAUGAGAGCAUUCAGCAAACCUUCGUCUGGAAAGAGGGAUUCAUCUGCAAAUAAGAAUGCCGCUCCGAAUUUGGCUGCAAUUCCUUCCUUGCUGGCUGUGAGAAGCUAAGAAUCUUCUUAGUUAACUGAGUAAUUAACUGAUAAAAUUAUACAUUUAGUACAUUCUUGUUCUAUGUUUUAUUAUGUUAUUACUCUGUUUAUUUAUGUUUCUGUGUGUUAAACGCGUGUUUCUACACUUUUGAUGAUGUUUUUAGUUCACUGAUUUAGUGUCAUUUGUUCUUUAUGUGUUAUUCUAAAGGUUUGUCUAUUUCGAGAAUCAUCAAUGUAUUUCAGUGUGAUGCUGAUAUGAAUAAAUCCAUCUGGUAAUUUACCA